AUGGUGAGUCUUCCAAAGACACAAAAGGCACUGGUGCAAGAACAAUAUGGCAAGCCGUUGGCCGCCAAGACCGUGCCCGUACCUGAACCAACCUCCGGUGCCGUUGUCGUCAAAGUAAUCUACGCCCCGAUCAUCAGCUACAUGAAGAAGGUCUACAAUGGCGAACGAAAGUACCGAUAUGUCAACCCUCUCGUCCCGGGGACAAGUGCCUUCGGGAAAGUCGUCGCAAUUGGACCAGACGCUCUGCUCCUGAAAGAAGGAGAUCUGGUCUAUGUCGACUGCUAUAUUCGAGGCCGCGAUGAUCACGAUGCCGGAUUCCUUCUUGGCUUAUCUGAAGGCGGCGGGCAAGCAAGUCGAAGGCUCAUGCAACACUGGAUCAACGGGACUUUUGCAGAAUACGUCAAGGCUCCUCUCGAAAACGUCUUCAAAGUGGACGAACAGAGGCUGUGCGGAUCGCCAAGCCAAGGCGGGCUUGGAUUCAAGAUGGAGCAGCUGUCUUGGUGGAUGGCGGCGUUGGUUCCUUAUGGAGGUCUGAGAAGCAUUGACUUACAGGCGGGAGAGACCGUCAUCGUGACUCCAGCGACCGGAAACUUUGGUUCGGCUGCUGUUCUCGUCGCCUUGGCCAUGGGAGCAGGCAAAGUCAUUGCCGUAGGUCGAAAUGCCGAGGCUUUGUCGAAGUUGAAAGCCAGGGAUAAAAGGAUCGAGACGGUGCAAACGACCGGGGAUCUGAAGACGGAAAUGGAAGCUAUCCAGGCUUUCGGCAAGGCUGACGUGCAUUUUGACAUUUCUCCAGCAGUGAGCGAGGGCUCGACGUAUCUUCGUGCUGCCAUCCAGAGCUUGAGACAUUCUGGUCGAGUCUCUUUGAUGGGAGGCUUCGCCGAUAGCGACAACAUUGCGUUUAUGAAGCUAUUGUCCUCUGGAGCUCUGAAUAUCAAGGACAUUGUGAAUGUCCAUGGCGUCUUUGGGCUUGAAGACUGGGAAAAGGGGUUUGACUUGGCUUGGGAUAAUGGUAGGCUUGGUGAUCUUGUCUUGUUCGCGCCAAGUGGAGAUCGGGAGGUAUGA